GGCAUAUGGGCCGCAUUUGGCAUGACCAAUACAGGGGAAGCUCGGAGGGACCGGAGACCACUCCACUGGGUGCCCACGUGGCGGAUUUCCGUAGCCACUUUGGCUCGGGCCUUUUUGACGCAAGCAGCCGGCUCAAGGUCGACGCCGGACAACUCCUGACAAGCGGAGUUUGCGCUGCGGUUGGCACUCCAGUCGCGCCGUCGGAGGAUCGGGUGCGCGGGUCCAUGGGCGAGUCCCGCCUGCUGCUGCACAAGCAAGAGCAGCGAUGGCGCCCAACGGCCACGCCACCUGUGCCGUCUCGCUCGCGGCCGUUCGCGCGACCGCCGCCGCCGGAGAUCCGGGCCGCGGCUCCGGCGGUGCGUGCGCCCCAGAGGACGCCGAGGCGGCGGACGGUGCCUCGCUCCGCUCGGGGAAGCGUGAGGCGCGAGCUCGCCGGAGCGCGGGCGUGCGGGCGCGUCUGGCCCGUCCUGGAAGUGGACGGUCCAUGUCUCGUAGGAGGUUUGCCGCGGGAGGUCGCGUCGGAAUUCAGAUGGCGUCUCGUCAUGUUCCUGACGGCCCCGUCGGUCCCACCCGAGUCUCCCGAACCCGAGUCUCACGUCUCCCCGACUCUCCAGCCAAGGGGCAAACUCAAUCCGACCAGCUUAAGCGAUUCAAGAGAGCACGAUUCGCAGGGACCGUCGAGGUUUUCUUUUGAUGGGCGAGAGUUUGAAAGGAGGCAGGGCUACCUUCUGAAUCCCAAAACCAUAACGAGAAUGGUAUGCGGUUCGCAGUUCUUCGGCUCGGAAUCCGUCACGUUAGAAGCUUUGCAGAUUUGCGCUCACGACAUCUCAGAUUUCAGGGGUUUCUCUAUCAAUCGGAAUAAGUACCAUGGAGAUUGCGUGCAGGCGUGGUUUGGUACCAAUCGCAGGGGUCGUCCUGACUUUGGCCAUUGCUGUCAACAGAAAGACAAUGACUGGUACACGUGGCUGUUGUACAGACCACAGCUCGACGACUUUGGCCAGAGCUUAUCCGGCCUGCAGAACUGCCAGGGCGAUUGUGACAGCGACAGCGACUGCGAAGGGGCUCUCAAAUGCUUUCACCGAGAUGGCUAUGCAGAGGUACCUGGAUGCGACGGAACGGGUAGAAACAAUUGGGACUAUUGUUAUGAUGGCGGCAGUCAUAGCAGUGCUGGGUACAAACCACAGCUCGACGACUUCGGCCAGGGCUCAUCUGGCUUGCAGAAGUGCCAGGGCGAUUGUGACAGCGACAGCGACUGCGAAGGGGUUCUCAAAUGCUUUCAUCGAAAUGGCUACACAGAGGUACCUGGAUGCGACGGAACGGGCAGAAGAAAUUGGGACUAUUGUUAUGAGGCCUAGAGUGUGCGGAAAUUGUUAUUCCGCUCGCGAUCAUGUAUUAAGCGUGACGUUGAGUUGGGGCAUCGGGCUAGGUUUGGUAUCGCCCAUGCGGUGCACAUAUCAUCGGAGGCUAGGUGGGGUGAGAAGGUAAGGUAUCAGCGGCAGAAGUGCUGAAAAGCAGUGAGGAGAACCUCCCCCACUACAUCUGGUAUCUACAUCUGGGAGUGCAUUGACGCACGCGCGCUGGUAUGCGUUUCCUCAUUCUUGAAAGAGCAGUGGCCUCUAGAGGAUGCUUGCGGUCGAACACUCUCUUACUCUCUUUCUUUCCGCAUUACCGAUUACAUGCCGUAGCCGUACUGCUUGCAAGAGCGGUGAUAUGUCUUGAGUGCAUUGUGCCCAGUGCUCUCGGCCGCCUGGCCCCCCCCCCUCCCAGGCCCUGGGGCCGCGAGACCUUGAGAUCCGACGUAGCGAAAAAGUGCUACAUCGUUAAACAUCACGACGGACGGAGGACCUCGGCAGCAGCCGACCGCAGUCUCCUCGGCAAUUGCAUUGCGAGCGUGCCGCGCGCGCAAACGCGCCCGCGUCGUCUAGGGCCGUCGCCGUCGCCGCCGUCCUCGGAGCCGCCGUCGUCCUCGAGCCGCGCCGUCGCCGUGGCGGGGGCAGGCGCGGAGGCCCAUGGGCCAGGCAGGCGUGCGCCAAGGAGGGCGGCCGCCACGUCCGCGGUGGUGCC